AUGAAUAAUUUUCACAACGUUAACAAUAUAAACGCCAUGGCUAACCAGCAAGCUAUGGCCAACAGGGUUCAGGUCGCCAUCUAUAACUGGCAGAAUGGGAGUGUACAGGACUUGAUUAACUUUCUUAGCCGUCACUCGAGAGUUUCAGUAAGAGAACCAAGAAUAGAUGGGAAUAGAGUAAUAGGUUAUGUAUCCAGUAAGAGUGAUGCUGAAACAUUAAAGAAAUUUAAUGGUAUGAGGUUUGCUGGUAAUAAUUUGAAGAUAGAAAUUCUAGGUGGUGCUGAGGAUGAAUCGCCGACAGUUAAGUUAUUGAAAGGCUUUCUGUACAGGCGUUAUGACCCACAGAAUAAGAUGUUAAAUUUAGGUAGUCUUCAUACGGAUGUAGAAUUACAACAGAAGGGUUUAUUCUCAACUAUGACUACUCAGUCAAAGAUGUUCCCAGCAUUAAUGAAAUUGGCCUCUAAGGAACCACAAAUAAUAGUGGAAAGUGUGAACUUAUCGGAUAAUAACCUGAGAGAUAUUAAUGGUAUUACAACUUUGGCUCAAUCUUUCCCAAAUUUGAAAAAUUUGUGUUUGGCUAAUAAUCAAAUAAGUAGAUAUAAAAGUAUGGAAGCCUGGAAGAAUAAAUUCAAGAAUUUGAGAGAGUUGUUGAUGACAAAUAAUCCAGUUACAAAUGAAAGAACUUACAGAUCAGAAAUGUUAAGAAUUUUCCCAAAACUAGUGAUGCUGGAUAAUGUUGUGGUUAGAGACGCUCAAAAAAUGGAUAGUAUAUUCUCUUUUCCAUUUAAAAUUCAACCAUUUUUCUUUGAAAAUGACCAGCUUGGUCAAUCAUCAACCGAUUUUGUCUCAAAUUUCUUGAAUUUAUGGGACACAGAUAGAUCACAAUUGUUACAAUUAUAUACUCCACAAUCUCAAUUCUCCAUGUCAUCAGAUUCAUCUGUACCACCAAUUAGUGUCAAAAACUCUGAUCAGACCCCUGCAUUUGGUUAUUACUUAUCCCAUUCUCGUAAUAUUACGAAGAUUUCUACUGAAAGCUCAAUCCAACAAAAAUUAGCCACUGGACCAGAGGCUAUUAGUGAAAUCUUUAAUUCCAUUCCUAUGAGUAAACACCAUUUACAAGAUGAACCCGAUGAAUAUUCGAUGGAAUCAUUUACUUAUGGUCAAGUUAAUGGAUUCACGAUUACAUUGCAUGGUUUCUUUGAUGAAACCGCUAAGCCAAAUGUCACAAGUAAUAAAGGUAGACCAAGAAGAUUUAACCAUGGUAGCAAUAGUUCAGCUGAUAAAAAGCUAGGGAAAAAAUCCUUUGAUAGAACAUGGGUAAUUGUUCCAAUGGGUAACAGUGUCGUCAUUGCAUCAGAUCUGUUGACAAUCAGACCCUAUGUAACACCAGCAUGGGUCAAACCAAAGACAAUUGUACAACAACCACAAUCACAAUCACAACCACAACCGCAACAAAUUGCACAACAAAAUGGCAUGUUGAAUAUGCCUCAAGCUCCAAUAAUGGGUAAUGCUCCUCCUGCUAUCGACUCCGUACAAUUAGCACCAACAUUACAACUACCACCUGACGUUAGAGCACGUUUGAGUUCUAUUCAAUUAGAAUUAUUGAAUAAAUUACACUUACAAACAAAACUAAACGCAGAAUAUACAUAUAUGUUGGCUGAACAGAGUGGAUGGUCAUACGAUAUUGCCAUUAAAGGUUUCCAAAGCAGUCUGAACAAUAUUCCAAGAGAAGCAUACAUUCAAUGA